AUGACUGACUCCUCCCCAGCCCUGUACCGAAAAGUCGCACCCCACACCUCCCUCAUCACCCAAAUCCACGACGACUGGUACACCCUCCUCGGCGGUGCCUACAUCACCGAGAGAAGCACCCUCCACCACCACGACACCCUUCACAGGCUCCUACAGGAGUACCACAAGGCCCUCGCGAUUGCGCGCAAGAGCGUCGGCAGCAGAGAGGUCGUUCACAAGGCGUUUGAGAUCCUACGUGCCUACCAGGGGGAGUGUCCGGCGCCUGUGGUGCAGACUGUGAAUGAGGCGCUCACAAUGUCAAUCACACCAGAUGUGUUAGUGUGGCUGGCAGAGAUAGAGGUGACGAAGCGGAGGCUGUUGAUGAUUUAUCGGGAGAGGGGGGUGGAGAUGGGGGGUGGAGUGAAGAGGGGUGGGAUGGACAGUAGGCGUUGGUGGAGUGAGGGGGUGGGGUCAUGA